AGUCGGUCGUUUGUGCUCCAUGCCCGUUGAUCGCAGUUUUUCGCACGCACCAAAAUCCGCCGGACACUCGCUUCAACUCGCCGAAAGUUGCGUUUGUUUAUCGCGCGUCUGGUGAGCUCCCCGAAUCCCUCUCCCCGGUUCCCGGUUUCCAUCCAACGUUUCAGCUGUGCGGAUAUGACUUCAUCGUUCCGCUGAACUCCCAACCAGCCAGCGCCUAAUUUUAUCGCGUGUUUCCGGUCCCGCUACACGACCGCACCGCGCCGAUCAACAGUUUUUCCCGAUACAGCGUCUCCGCUCUUCGCGCCGUGUGUCCACGUCCACCUCAGUGAUAAGAAAGUGCAUAAACCCCUCGAUAUUUUCAUAUAGUUCCUUCUUCCUACUCAUCGUUAUUCCACGGGUCCAGUGAACAAAGAUUUGAAUGUCAUUCGUCGUGUUUUUCGAGUGAUUGUGUGGCGGAGCUCUCAGUGACUAAGACUGAGUUUUCGAAAUGGCAUUUACGGAUAGUGGAGUCGGAGCGUCGGAAGGUGUCACGGAGUGGGGUCUUGUGAUAUUAACGUGCUAACGUGCCGCGUGUGAGUGGAAGGAUUACGAGUUGGGUAAUGGUGUAAAUGGGCAGAGUGGUGUGGGCUCCGUCUUUCCCCAGGGAAUGAGGAAAGUGCCGGGAGCAGGAGACAGCUGGUUAUGGGAGAGCCUAGUACCCCAGCAUGCCGGUCGGCACCUCUGAGUUCCUUCGCGCAAAGCGCCUUCGCUGCAAACAGUGUGAAGAGAAUAGUGACGGCGACCAUUCUCUGUCCUGGGACAUCCCCUUGGAUCAGGAUCUUCUGGAUACGCUAGCAGCUAUCUACCCUGAGUGGUUUAAGGACGUCCAAGGGAUGGCGCAGCGGAACCCCGCUGCUCCGGUCAGAGGCCCUGUUGUCCCUAUUCCACGCUCUCCGCCAAAAGCUGAAGUAGACUACUCACCCUUAAGAAAAUCAAUGGAUAAGAACAAAGAAUCUCUGAAGAAAAAAUUGGCGAUGAGACGCCCCAUAGGCCAGCUCGUAGCCCAGGGAAUCAUGCCUCCCCUGAAAAUUUCUCCUGCUUUCCAUGAGCAAAGGCAAAAGCUUGAGCGUGCCAAAACUGGAGAUUUUCUGAAGGCAAAAAUUCAACAAAGGCCCGUCAGAGAAGAACUCGUCAGGCAGCAUAUUUUAGAGGAUACUGGUCAUGUGGACCCAUCUUUAGCUGAGAAGCAAAGGCAGUUGAACAAAUGUAGACUAGUUGAUGCACUGAAUGAUCAACUGUCACAGAGACCAGGUCCUCUCGAACUAAUUAAGAAAAAUAUUCUGCAUACAGAAGAACCCUCUUUUGAAAAGGCAGUCAAAGAGGGCCAAGUGCCUUUCAAAGCAACUUGCGAAGGUCAAAAGACAAAACCGCAACCUCCUGACCAUUACAUGACAAUAGAUGAUGACUCUCAGAGCUCAGAUUCAACGUCCCCCAAAGAAGAUCUCAGUGCAGUUCAACAGAUUGAAUCCAGUGCAUCCCCAAGCUCGCAGUCAAAUGAACGAUCACUCACCGUGUCAAGUGGAAGUGACGUCCUCGAAACUGCAGCAGCGCAAGCAGGCAUCGUCAUGGUCGUCGGAAUAGCCUCUCCGAUUUCUCUUGGUUCCACUACCUCCUCGCUGUCUCCUCUCAGCUCAAUUUCAUCACCUCCAUCUGUCUGUUCAACUGUCGCUACAACCCCCUCUAUUUCAUCCCUUCCCACCUCUCGACCUUCUUCGACCCAUUCCCAACACCAUCAGACGUGUGCUCCCGGUAAGGACAAAAAUCGAAAGAAGUCCAAAACCAAAAGUCAGCCAAAGGCAAGGACAAUCAAAUUUCAUGAAUACAAAGGCCCUCCUAAUGCUCAUAAAUCGUCUAAUAUAAAUUCAAGCUCGCCACCAACAGAAACCUCUUACGACCUGCUCUUACAACAGCAGCAAAUGUUGUUGGCAGCCAUGCAAAUGCAGAUCAAAAUGAAUCAGUCAUACCCAGAUCCUCAUUCGCUUCCAAAAAUAAUUUUGCCAGCCAAUCAAAAACCUCAAACCCCUGUUUCAUCCACCUCUUUACAACCACCUCCUGCCCCUCCUGUUCCUCCUCCUCCUCCUCCCCCUCCACCAAUGCCAGAAAAUCGUCCAUUACGUAAUUUGGAAGACAUGAAAGUGAGCGACCUAAAAAGUGAACUGAAGAAAAGGAGUUUACCUGUUUCCGGUGCCAAACCACAAUUGAUCGAGAGGUUAAAACCUUUCACCGAAUCUGGUCAACAACAGCUGAAAGCAAACAUCAUGAACUCGCCACCGAAUGUCACAACUUUCACCAUUCCAUCAGAAGAUUCUUUAUCCGCAUCGUCUCCCUCAGCCACACAGCCAAUGUCAAUGGGAUCACUAGAUCCUGAUAGUCCUUGUGAAUCUAUACCAAUGGCCCCUGACAGUCCUGCUGAGUCGAUAGGGACAAGCAUCAGUAGCGUAGUUAAUGAAGCCAAAGAAGAAACUAUUCGAGAACAAAAUAGGAGAAUUGAAGAGCUGGAAAGACAGUUGCUCAAUUCGCAGAAGCUCAUUAAAAUUCAUGAAAUGCAGCAACAGCAACAACAGAACCACCAUCAACAGCAACAACAGCAGCAGCCAAUGCAAGUACAGCAGCUCAAUCAACAAAAACAACAGCAGCAAGAACCUGUCAAGCAAGUCACACAAGUUCACACAUUCCAGCCUCAACAAACUGCCAGUGUUGCUGCCAAUCUCGCUGCAUUCCUUCAACAUAAACAAUUGAAUCAACUUCUAAUGCAACAGCAGCAGCAACAGCAACAACAACAGCAGCAGCAGCAUCAUCAUCAACAACAGCAGCAGCAGCCACAAAUAAUUCUAACCGGAAAGAGCGAUAGUGAUUUGAUAGAUAAUAGGGCUAAUGGCAAUAUUAAUAAUAGUAGCAAAACCAAUAAAACUAGUAACAGUAGUAAAAAUAGUAUUAACAAUAACAAUAAUAAUUUGAGCAUAAGUAAUAAAAAUGGUGUGAAUAGUACAAGUUUCUCCGGUGGUGCUGAUAUCAACAUCAAUCUAGGAACAACUCCUUUUAGCUCCCUAAAAAGUAAUAAUAUAAUAAAUUGUAAUAGUCUUGGCAAUAGCAAUCAAACUAGUGGUAAAACUCAAAGGAGUAAUACUAUUGUCCUCGGUCAAGAACAGGCUGCUUUGGUUCUGAGCCGCCUCCAACAGAACUCUGAAAAUAAUUUUUCACAUAUCAGAACUGCUUCGUUGCCAGACUUCCUUGGAACUUUUGUUCAACCCGCUCAAUUACUGGUUUCGUCGUUACCUCAACCUGCAACAAACUUAAACACUGUGAUUAGUGCUUCACCACAAGCAAUCGAUGAUAGUCAAAUCACGCUCUCAAAUAACAAAAUCAAUCUGGUGCCAAUUCAAGUUGAUUCUUUCAAACAGUUCAUUGAUGACAGCACAGUAUGCAGAUCUCCAUUCAAUGAUCACUCAGCAAAAUUGAUUAAACCUGAGGAGGAACCCUCAGACAAGUGCGAAUCAACUUUAGAAGAUGUCAUCGAAAUACUGAUCAAACAGGGUGAACUGUCUCCAUCUGCGGUCCAGGAAUCGCCGAAUAUUUUGAGCAAUGAUAUCAUUCCUUCAGAAGGUCCUGUAUUCCCAAUCAGUUCUGACUUAAAUCAAGACUCAUCCCAAAUGAUGCAUUGUGAUGAUUCAGCCAUGCAAUUAGAUUUAAAAGAUUUAGGAAUAAAUUUGUUCGACUCCAGCUGUAAAAUGGAAGUGGAGAAUGAAAACCCAUCAAGUAUGGACAUUGAUGACUCUGACUGGCUAAAUAUUCUCGGAGUCUUGGAAACAAACAGUCAUCAAGUGCCAUCAGCCAAUAAUAACCCAUUUGAUCUGGAAAAUCCAUUAAUGGUCAUUGAUAAUCAUCAAGAUUCAUUUAGCUCUUUCAAUUUUGAUGAUCAUGACUUUAGAAUACCCAAUGACAUAGCCUUGGAUUAUAUAGAUUUUGCUACAUAAUAUUUAUGUAACCUUUUUUUUAUUAUUUAUUUUUCCGUGAUUUUAAACAGCAGUUCAUUAUAUUCUUUGAUAGCAAAUACCAGAAGUGUGUCUCAGCUCUGAAAUAGCAUCUUUAGCAGGGCUCUAAAUGAAGUUUGAAUCAUCGUAGAAUUAUAAUUUUUAUCUUUGUUUUGUCACUUGCUUCAGUGAUUUUGUAUUUGUUUUAUGUCAAUACCUCUGCCUUGGUUUUUUUUUCUUUAAAAAAAACAACUUAAGAAAUAAUCUGAAAGAAAAUUUGGUUAUGAUGCUGAAGUUUACCUUAAUCAGUGCAUUUACUCAGCUUUCAUAGAUUUUUUGUUGCUUUUUUGUGCCAAGAUUCCCUUAAGUUUUCUCAAUAUUUUUUUCCCUGCCCCAUCUUAUGAUGCACAAAUGAUGAUCUAAAAGAAUCAUUAACUCGUCUUUUCAGUCAUUUAACUUCAAGAUUUAUUCCAUUUAUGAUGUUGAGCACUCAGAAUUCUCAACCAUAAAGCAUCUUCAUUUAUGAAUCACAGUGCCCAGCCAUAAAUACGGUGCAUACUUGGUGAUUCGUAGCUCCUAAAUUCGAAAAGUUUGAUAAUAUAAUGGAAAAGUUAGUCCCCGUUAAAAUUUUUCUGUAUUUAUUUUGAAAAAAAUCUAUUGUAAAUCUAUCUGUCUCCCUUCGUUAAUUGAACAUUUAGGAAUGUAAUCAGUAGAUUGAUCAGCUCUGUGAGCCCCUGAGAUGGCUCUGCGAUUUGAAUGAGCGCUACUUUAACGGAGGGUUUUUUUCAAACUUACAGAACAGGUUGCACUAUAAUGCAAAUUUGAAAAAAAAAUCCUGUUUUCUUAAUUAUGUAUCAAGAAGUGUGCACUGUAAAUUUUUUUUUUUGUAUUUCUUCUGAGGAAAUUUUCUUAGUUUUAUGUACUUCAUUCCGAGUGAUUAAAGGUAAAUUGACUUUUUUUCUCUUAAUUCAUCAGUGAAUCCGGUUUUCCUUUACUUGUUUCCUUUCUGUUAUAUCUGUGACCGUCCACAGGCAAAUUGAUUUUAACCUCUGGAGAAAUUUUUUUGCAUUGAACGAUUUUUGUCAAGUCGAGUUGAUAAAUUGGAUUUUGAGUUUUUGACGAAAAAACUCUUCACUGUCUUAAGAAAUACAUUGCAAGCAACUAAUGGAUUGGUUGCAUUAUAAACGGGCAAUUGUGUGCCCUGAACAUGGCAGACUAGAUUUAUAGCAGAUUAGCUUUUCCUUGGAAUUGUGUUAUUGACUCAAAAACUUCAAAUUCCUGAAUCGCCAAUUUUGUUUGAUAUUUUUGAGCGUUUCAUAUCUCAAAAAUUGUCUAAAUACUUGAGUAAACUCUGAUGUUGACAGCUCAAUUCAGGAUGUUUGCAGACUUUUUUAGAGGUCUUUUUUCCUGUCAACGGUUAUCACAUUUGAAGGUGUUAUUACCAAGAUCCUCAUUAGUUUUUAUGAUGCAUUCUAAGCAUGAUAAACUUCAAAGAAAAAAGAAAGUUUAAAUCAUUAAUAGUCUUCUAAGAAGGUCUCAGCAUCAACCAAUGAUGAUGUUUCAACCUAAUUCUGCCAAAAUAAAUCAACUGUCACUUAAGAAAAAUUGAGUUGACUUUUUUUUAUCAUAUUAUUAUUUCAGAAUUCUAAUAUGUAAUCAACUUUCACAAAAAAAUUUCAAGGAUGAAAGUAUUAGGAAUAUAAUAUGUACUUCAUCAUAAACACUUGGCGCCUAUAUAAAGGUGUAAUAAAACAUUUGACCUCUUCUGAUCAGUUUAGAGUAAAUACUGAUGGCUCUUUUAACAGCACUGUACAAUUUUUUAGUUCAUGAAGUGAACUGUUACCCAUCUCUUUUAUCGAAAAAUUGUGCCAUCACCUCAUUUUCUGAAAGUAAGUGUCCUUCAAUCCAAAACAGAAAUAUUUCUUACAUUGCCCCUUGUUUUGUCGCAGUGACUGCACUACUAACCUAGCCAAAAGAUGGUUUGUCAGUUUAGAAUCUCUCUUAAGCCAUUAAUAUUGUAUUGGGUCUGUUAUUGUUUACAACCUAACUUUUCAUACACUAAGAUUCUCAAGUCAAACAUUCACCAGCAUGAGCACUUGAUAGUUAUGACAUUGCAUUUGUUGUUUUUUUAUACCUUUUAUCAAUCUAGUAUUUCUGUCACAUAUCUUUUAAGAUUGAAUUUCUAAGUGUCAAAAAACUUUAUCAAUUUAACAAUGCUGAGUAUCAGUAUGCAAAAGCAUCAAUCUACACAUGUGCACCUUGAAGAGGUUCUAUGAAAAACUCAUUUCUCCUGUAAUGGUAAUUCAUCUGAAAUUUUCAAUAUUAUGUCCGGGGAGUUGUAUCAAAAGGCGUGCCUUAUCCAAUCAAAAACCUAGCUUUUCAUUCUAGCUUUGUACAGGUUUUUAAGAAAUUCAACAGUGUAUCAACUUUCUUGGAACUUUUGAGAUAUAAAUUUUAAGAAACACCAUCAGCCUUUCAGAAGUGCGUAAAAGAUACCGCAAUUCUGAAUAUAAAAUAUAUUGUGAAAUUCAUUCUUUAGUAAAAUUAUUUGGUGUGAAAUUCAGUGUAUUAAACUGAUAGUAAAUGCAUAUUUGUAGCACUUUCUAAUAAUGCAAUUAUAUCUCACAAGCUUCAUUAUGAUUUAUUGUAUCUCUUUUAUUUUUUCUUUUUUUUAUAUCAGAAGGAAUUAACCUUAAACACUAAUAGCUUAUUCUCUUUCAAAACCGUAUUAUUACCUGUCAGGUUCAUGUUUUUCUAUUGAAUGAGCUUCUUUAUUUGCCAAUUAUACCAUUCCCAAUGUUUCCUCAAAAGGAAAGCAAUAAGUUAUUUUUCAACAACAGAAACUGCCUUAAAAAAUUUGUUUCGCCCUUGAUUCCUUCUUAGAUCACUUCUUAGGUAGUUUACCCUAAGUACUUAAUUUAUUUCUCUCUUGUCAAAGAGUUGUAUGUAUAGUUCAAUUUAAUCAUUAUAAGUAUCCCUUGUUCUUUGUUUUUUUUUUUUUUUUGCCAUUCUAUGGAAGCUUAGUCAAUCAAUAGUUUUAGAUGAAAAAAGGAAAAAAAGGCCUUUGCGUGUGGAUUUUAGCAUGUGGGGUUUUCAACCUAAUAAGACUAUUGGAAUGUAAGAGUUUAUGAAACUAACAUGCUCAAGUCAUUGGUAUUUCAUUUUUCUCAAGAAUUUUUCGUAUUAACACAAGUUUAUUUAGAAUAGGUUGAGUUGUUGAUUUGCCCAUUUAUACGGAUUGAAUUGAAAGAAACAUCCUCUUUUAAAAAACGUGAUACAAUAGAUGAAAUUAUCUUGGUCACUGUGGUUUUUUGACUUGGUAUUCUAAGCAAUGUGCAUUAAAGCAUCAUUAGUGAGUGCAUUGCUAAGUGAUCUGUUUAUUCUUGAAAAGGUUAAAGCACCAAAAAGUCAUGUGUCUCUGAAAUUGUUAUUUGUAAGAGAAGCCGAAACUCAUGGAAGUGCUUAAUAUAUAUGAAAUAGACAAUUUUUUUUUAUUUUUUUAUUUUUAUUCAAACCAGGUAGGUACUAGCGUGAUUAGUUCCUACUUAUGAACAAUUAUGAUACUAAAGGGCAUUAUGUAAUAACAUCGUUUAAUAAGAGGAAGAGGUAAAUAAAAAACGCCAAGUUUUACUAGGGAUCGAGUUUGGUUCUUUCCCUUUUUCUCUUAUUAACUAAAGAUGUGUAAUAAAUAUCAAGAACAUGGUGCUUCGGAGGGCUUAAAGACUUUUUUCAAUUUCCAAAUAUUGUCAGCAAUUAAAAUGCAUCAUCUGAUUAGAUGAGGUAUUGUGCAUUUUAAAGACAGUAGGUGCAGGGAGCACCCAAAAGUUUGAUUUUCACUUAAGCUUUGUUGAAAAGACUGAAAUAUCUUUUGAAGGUUGUCAGAAUAAUGAAUUAGCCACAAAAAAUACUAUAAACAUUCAUUUUUUUUGUUUCGAUUAAACUAUUCUCUGUUUGCCCUCUCUAUUUUCUCAUCGAAGAAUUAAUUUCAAAUUUGACCAGUGCAAUUAGUUCUAAUGCACUGUCAAAUGUGUAGCUGCAAAACAAGAGAGAGGAUUUAUUUUUCUUCUCGUGAUGAAAUACUAAGAAUGGGUUUUUGUCAAAGCGAUAAGAUGAAAAUUCUUAAAAAAAUUUGUGUGCCAUUUAAAAUACAUGCUUUUAAUCAAUACCACUAGAUUCACUUGAUUUAAAGCUUUUCAUAGUUGUUGAAAACUCCACAUCCUUUGAUUGAGAAGGAGCUCGCUACGUUGGCUCCUCUCAAAGUUGAUAAAUCAACACCUUUGUAGUAUACUGUUGUACAUGAAAUCCAUAGAACUAAAUUUGUUGAUUCCUGAAUCUUGUAAAUAGUUGUAAUCCAGUGUAAAUAUCUUAAUGAAUGUGUAUUGAAUUACUUCUCUCUUGAGAUGUCCAAGUAAUGGACAACCGUGUUGCUAGGUUCAUAAGCAUCUUUGGUUUUUCAUAACUUGAUCCUCUUGUGUCCUUUUUCCUCUGAUGGUGGUAACUAUCAAUAUCAUACAGCCCUGUGACUAUCGAAGCUUUGUUUUUGGGCAUGAUUAAUUGUAAGGAAUUCUUUAAAUUAAUUUCAUGCUAAUUUAUUCAUUUUUACUUAAAUACCUUAUCGAAUGUACUAUUUAUUUUCUCCCUUCAUUCAUCUAUAAAUUUACGUCUUGCUUUCCCUGUUUCAAGUUUCUCUCUUUUAGCAAGCGCUUGCUCCUAGUUCUUUAAAUUGGAAAUUUGAAUUCCAUUUUUGCAUUUCUUUUAACAAAUAUAAAGAAAUCCUUGUCCCUCAAGCUUUUCUAUCAAUCUAUUUUGUUUGUUUUGUUUGAAUGACCGCCAGUUUUGAAUUAAUUAACCGAUGUAGGUUACCAAUACAGUCAAAGUUAUCAUGAUUCUGGCGGCUGACUUUGACAUUGGCCUAUUUUGUAUUUGAGUUUUGAUCUUGAAUUUUCAUAAAUUUGGAACAGUACUCUUUUCCAUUAAUUUUCUAAAUAUUGUAUCCUGUACUUAUUCCAAGUAACUGUAAGACGCAAUUUUAACUGCUUUUUUAUUUUUAUCUUUGUCAAUAUGAAUGCCGUAGGAAUAAAUUGGACUGGAGAGCUGCUUUCGUUUUUUUUUAAAAAAAUAUUUGUCCUGGAAGAUUUCUUGCCUCCAAGUUUUGCUAGCCAAAGCGACUGAUAUUGAAGCAGCACUUUCCUUAAGAGGUUCUUCUGUUGCAAUAUUUUAUCUGUCUGUUAUCUAUUAGAUUUUUUCUUUAUUUCUGUUGAUUCUUUUUUAGUAAACUCAAGUUGAAGGGAUUUGCCUUUGCCAUGAUGGAAGUUCUAAAAAACUUUCUUCAAUCUUUCUGAAGCUCUUUCGGCGCCUACCAUUCACUUUCCGAACCAUUUGAAACUGUCUCAUAUUCCUCCUGCAGUUUUAGAAUUAGCAAUCAUUAUAUGUAUCAGUAUAGCUUUUUCAGAUUUUUGGCUUAACUUACAAAUAGAAACUGCUCAUAAUUAGGUGAAAAUCUGGGCAGUGUUUCCCGAAAAAGAAUUUAAUUCAAAUUAAUGUAUACAAUAAUAAAAAGCAUGACCAAUUAAAGAGCAUUAGAUGUUUGUGCUAUGAGCACGGGCACUGUAAACUGAUUUUUUUACAUAUCUAUUCAAUGAAAGGAGUGAGGCUUGAAACGAAGUAGCAUGCACAUUAUUUGUUGCAUUACUUUGUUAUCUCUGUUUUAAGUAAUUAGCUGUUCCUUUAUUUCUCUAUAUUUAUAUGGCAAUGCAACUUAACUGUAUUUUUAUGGAAGCAUAUUGCUUUCCUUUCUUUUUCUUUUUCUUGUCUAAGAGUCAGAUAUUUGACUUGAGGAGCAAAUCCUCAGGACUGAGUAAAAAGUGCAUGAUUUGUUAUACCUGAAUCAAGGCUAAACUUUGUUUUUUGAUUAUUUUCCAAUGAUAUCUGUGCUAUUAUUUUGUACAUUAUGGUCGUAUGAAGAUGAUUAAAACCUAGAGAACUUACUCUAAAA